AUGCCCCUGCGGACGGGUGAGGAGGCUCCCUGGGGGCUGCAGUGGCAGGAGCUGCGGGAUGGGAGCGUGGCCAGGGCUGCCUGGGGCAACCCUGAGCGUCCCCAGGCGGAAGCUGCCGGUGGGGGAGUUUCAGCUGCUGUCCCUGUCCCUGCCCUGCCACUCCGCACCCCCCUCGCCACCGUGGCAGCUCCCAUGCGCUGUUUACUCCGCGAUGCAAAGGGCGGUGGCCUGCUGGCCCGGCACACCAUGCCUCUGAAGUUUGCACUGCUGCUCACCCUCCUGGGCUCCUUGCCAGGUGUGGGCAGCACCUCACGAGCCGCUGCCCUCCUGCCCACAGUGUCGCUGGCAGAGCCGGCACAAAGCGGCCUCUGGGAGUACCUCAGCCAGCUGACCAGUGACAAGGAUGGCACAGAGCACAGCCAGGGCAGCAAGCUGGGCAGGGACAGCACAAACCUGAAGGAGAACGUUCAGGAUGGGGGCAGCUCCAUGGGGAACCUCCUGGAGAAGCUGGCACCCCCGGGCGGCAGAGGCCCCCAGCCCUACCAGGACUCGGACAGCCUGCGCAAGGUCCUCAGGAAAGAGCUGGAGAGCCUGAGGGUGAAGCUGUCUCCCUACGUGGAUGAUGUGCACCACAAAGUGGGCAGGCACCUGGAGGAGCUGCGCUACCAGCUGCAGCCCUUCACCGAGGAGCUGCUGGAGCAGCUGUCGCUGAACGCCCGCGAGCUGCGGCGGCAGCUCCUGCCCAGCCGGCAGCUGGCCGCUCAGCUGCUGCAGGGGGCAGAUGAGGUGCAGAGGUUCAUGGCUCACUACGCCGACAAGAUUGCCUUCCACACCGACCAGGUGAAGGACAUUUUCCACCCCUAUGCGGACAGGCUGGUGACCGAGAUCCACCGCAACGUGGAGGAGCUGCACAGAAACGUCAGCCCCCACGCCCAGGCCAGCCCCGAGAAGCUCAACCGCUACAUCCAGCAGCUCUCCACCAAGCUGACCCAGAACGCCAAGGACCUCCACCAGAAGAUCCAGAGAAACCUGGAGCAGCUCAAGGCGAAGCUCAGCCUCUACCCCGGCAGACUGCGGGAGCAGCCGGCCCCCGCGGAGGAGCUGGCCCGGGAGGUGCAGCGGCGGGUGGAGGAGUUCCGGAGGGACACGUACGUCCAGAUCCAGGCCUUCACCCGGGCGCUGGACCAGGAGACGGAGGAAAUGCGGCUGAAGCUCUCCUCCGGGCCGCCCACCCUAGGGGAUUCCCAGGAGGGGCCGCCCGCCGUGGAGGACCUGCGGGCUCGCCUGGACGCGCUCUGGAGGGACCUGGCGCGCAGCCUGGGCGAGCGCUGA